AUGCACCAGGAACUAACGCACAUGGACCGUAUAACGCAACUGCAAGAUGAAAUCCAACAGCUCCUUACCAUCAUGUCGAACAGCAUCGCCUACCUCACUACGCGCGCCAAUUUUCUGCAAGUCAGCACGCUGGUUCCCGUCACGAAAUCGAGAAACCCGGAAAAGUAUGAUCCUGAGGACGUAUUUGAGGCGAACAAGAAAGAAUUGGUGACGGACCUGAUGGCCAAGGCGAAACAAGUGGAAUAUCUUAUACAAUCCCUGCCGCAACCAGAGGAGGAAGAGGAGCAGGUACGCGGUGCUGCGAUGUCACUUUUCCUUACUCACCGGCUACAACAGCUCGAGGAAGAAAUGACCGUGGCAAAUACAGAAUACAUUGCGGCGUUAAAGAGGACCAAGAACCUUCACGCUCAAGUGGCAGACCUUCUAAGGACAAUGCUUUCCGAGCACGACAUCGACGCAGGAUGA